GCCCAAAACAACGCAACGGCUCGGGGAGAGGGAGAAGCGGCGGCGGCGCAUGCGCAGUCGGGCGGGGAAGGCCCUCCGCCUCUCCGCUCAGUGACAGAGACAGGCAGGCAGGCAGGGCGGCGGUGUCCCUUCAGUCCCGCCUUGAGGAAGGCGCCGAGGACCGGGGGACAUGUGAGGGGAAGCGGGUCCGUGCGAGGGGAGAAGGAAGGGGUUCCGGGCCUCCUCCGGCUCCCGCAGGCCUCCUCCUCCCGGGGAAUGAACCUCCCUCAGCCCCAGGAGGAGGAGGAGGACGGCGAAGGCAAGGAGGGAGGCAUGGAGGAGCAGGCCGAGGAGGGCCCCGCCGCCCGCGGGGGGGAGCAGAGCCUGAGCCCGGAGCUGGAGCACGCCCACCGCAUCCUCGGCGAGUUCCUGCUGGAGAAGCACCGGCCUUUGGCGGCUCCCUUCCUCGGGCCCUGGCCCCCAAGCGAGGCCUCCGCCUCUCCUUCAGGCCGCGAGCAGCAGGCGCCUCUCCUCCCCGCCGGGGAAACCUCGCCGCCGCCGCCCGGGAUGGGCCUCCUGAGGAUGGAGGAGAAGUUCGCCACCGGGCAGUACAGAGGCAUCGCCGACUUCGUGGGGGACUUCCGGCUGAUGCUGGAGGCCUGCUACCGGCUCCACGGCGUGGACCACUGGCUCUCCAAGCAGGCCCAGAAGAUGGAGGGGAUGCUCGAGCAGAAGCUGGCCCUGCUCUCCCGGCAUUUGAGAGAGAAGACAGCAAUAGCAGUAACAUCUAAAGGGUUCUAUGGGCUGGAAGAUGAGAAGGGAACAGCUUGUACUUCAACAAGGCGUCGUUCUACACCACGCAGUUUAGCAGGCUUGACCACAGGCGUGUUUGAAUCCGUAAUGGUUCAGGUUCUGAGACAGGAAGAACAACUGAGAGCAAAAGAAGAAAAGAGGCUUCGAGAGCAAGAAAGAAAAGAGGCAGAAGAAGCUAGUCAAAAAGAAAUUGAAGAAUGGGACAAGUCCCUGUUAUCUCAAGCAGCACCUUACCGGAUGGAAAACAUGUGGGAAAUUCCAGCAAUUGGUCAUUUCCUAUGUUUAGCACAAUAUAUUUUAAACUUGCCUGAAAUAGUAUUUUACGAAUUGGAACGCUGCCUUUUGAUGCCACAGUGUAGUGCUUUUUUGUCAAAAAUAAUGACUUCUUUAUUGAGUCCUCCACACCGAAGAGCUACCUUGCAUCGAAGGCCAAGUCUCCCUUACAGGGCUUGGGAAGCAGCACUUAGGCAGAAAGUACAGCAAUGGUAUACCGCGGUGGGACAAACUGAUAACCCUGAAACUUCUGCAGAAAAACUUGGUCUGUGUCCUCAAUUUUUUAAAGUCCUUGGCGAAACUAAUCCCUUGCAAGAAAGACCAUUUCAUGAACUCCCGUUUUGUCAAAAAGUAUGGCUACUAAAAGGCCUUUGUGACUUCGUAUACGAAACCCAAAAGGAUGUUCAAGAUGCAGUACUUGGGCAGCCUAUUCAUGAGUGCAGGGAAGUGAUUCUGGGCUAUGAUUACUUAGAACAUGCCUAUGUUCAUUUCCCACAGUUCUGUGGUGCCGAUGUACGAAUAUACAAACAGAAGCCUUUUCGUGCUCCUGAAUUUCCAGUUCCUCCCAUUAAGGUGAAAAGGGUACCACGUAUUAAAUUAGAGAAAGUAAAAUGUGAAAAUACCACUAAAAGUAAUGGAGAAAUUAGUCCUACGGAGUUGUUAUUUGAAACAAAAGUGGCACCUGGAAAAAGCAUUUGUUCAGCAAAACCCCACUUGGACCUUUUGAAUGUUGUACCAGAAAAAGACAAACCCAGCUGUGAAGAAAACAUUCAUAAAGACUGUGACUUUAUGACAGACUGCUGUAAAGAAAAUAGAGACAGGGCCAUAGUUCCAGGAGAUAAUGCUGGAUUUGUGGGGCCUUUAAGCCCAGGAGAAAUUCGGAUUGUGGAAAAUGGUGAAAAAUGUGUUGAAUCUUUAGUAGUGAAAACGGAGGCCACUCCAUUAAAAGAGAACACUCUUAAAACCUGCCAGUUGCAUGUGAAUGGGAAUCACUGUGACAAUCCGGACAUGAAUUGCCACAGAGCUCCUAAAGAUGUAACUCCAGACCUCUCUGUAGAAAACAAAACACUAAAGUUUAGUAAAAUACGAGCAAAGAAGAAGAAAAAGAAGAAAAAGAAAUUGAAAGAUAUUUUGAAUGAAAGCCUUCAGCGAAAACGUGAGCUUCACCUCCAGUCACUGAAAUCUUAUAAACCUGAGAUACAGAAUAAGUUAUUCCUGAUGAAAAAGAAAGCAAAACACAAGAAGCACAAAUCUGGAAAGAAAUCCAUAUCUAAAAAAACCAUUAUAAAGAAAAAAAAAUCCAUUACAAAACCUGCUGUUCCAGAAUUUCAGCUUAUUUGCACUAAUCUUGAUGAACUCAGGGAAUUAAUUGGAAAAAUUGAGAAUGAACUCAAAGAUAUGGAGAAUAUCAAAAAGAAAUCGGGAAGGUGGUAUCAUCGAAAGCAGGCUGUAAAGGAACUACACUGUACUUUGAUACGACUGCUAAAUGAAUUGUUACCAUGGGAACCAAAACUCUUGAAGGCUUUCCAAAGGAACAGGUCUCGAUUAAAGAAGGACUAUGAUGACUUCAAAAGGCAACCAGAUCAUGAUAAAUUUACAAGAGAACAGUGGACUAAUGAGGAUGGUGAAGUAAAUACUGGCAAAGAAGUUUCCAGCAUAUUAACCAGUGACUCUUCAGAGCACACUGAGUUUCUGCAAAGGGAUUACACUGAUGUUAUGAAACUGUCAGAAAUGAAUUUUGCUGCAGGAAAAUCCAGACCACUAAGAAAAGAACUGACUUGUAGAGAAAUCCAGAAGAGAGUGCCUAAACCUGUUAAACGUCAGUCUAAGCAAAGUAGUUGCCUAGAUGACAGCACAAUUGAGUUUUCACCAAGGAAACGGCUUAAAUCAAGCACAAGCGAUGCUACAGUCCAUAGUAUAGAAAAUGACCUCUCAGUAGAUGGUUGUUUGACUAAGCAAAUUGAAUCCUCAUUUUCAGACUCAAUGGACACAACAGAUUCUCCAGCCUCAACACCAAACUUGAUAAAAGGGACCAAACCCAUCCAGGCCUUGCUUGCUAAGAAUAUUGGGAACAAAGUGACCUUAACAAGUCAGCUGCCACCAACUGUAGGCAGAAGCGUUUCUACUUCUGAAAAACUGAUAAUGACACCUAAAGGUAUCUCCCCAGUCAAACCAGUGUUGCCCUGCCAGACCAAUUCCAAGAAUCCUUUACAAGUAUUGUAUAAAAUGCCCGAUGGCCAAUGUGUGCCAAUAGACCUGCAAAACAAUUCAGUGAAGAUUCAAGUGCAGCCUGUGGCUGAUGGUAAAGCAGGAGAGAAGUCCACAGGAGAGAAAAUCAUGCAGCAAGUCCUCAUUUUGCCCAAAAAUUUCCUUAUCCAUCACAGAGACAGUAAAAGUGGAGGAAAAGAAAGCUCAUCCUUGCAGCAAAAAGCUACUGAACAGCACGGCAUCUCUCUAACCCAACCAACAACUAUCAACACUACUUUAGCACCUGUGCUUCCAGCUUCAUCUCACAAUGCUGCUGCCACAUUUUUGCCCAGCACAAACUUUAAAAAUUUGACACAAGGGGGUAGUACAGGCAACAGAUUUUCAGCAUUGCCUUCUAUAACCCCCACAGGGAAUAUAUUAACUUCACUGGUGAAAAUGAGCCAAAGUGAGGCUACUAAAACUAAGACUGUAGUUUCAGCUGCCUCAUCUCCUGUUGCUUCACCCACUGUUUCCUCAGCCGUUCAGACUCUGACAACCACACUACCGCAAAGUGUUUCUGCUUGCACCAGCAGUUCCUCGCCAAGAUUAGCAUCUCCACAAAAAAGUGCUGAUGUUGGUGAAGCUAAACAAGAACUGAAAACAAUCUGUAUCAGGGAUUCACAGUCAAUCCUAGUUACUACGCGAGGUGGGAACACUGGGAUUGUUAAGGUACAGACAAAUUCAGACCAGAUUUCCCCAAAUAACUUAGCCCCAAAUUCUGUUUUCACAUACGCAUCUCAGCUUCAGGCAUUUUUAGUGCCAAAAUCAACACAGUUGUCAAACUCUUCAGCUGUAACAACAGCCAUAUCUAGUUUCCCAGCACUUAUUCAAUCUUCUCCAACCACUCCUGCUUCCAAUACAUCUCUUCCUGCUGGUAUAAAUCAGGAAAUGGGGAAAAACAUUGCAGUUGCAUUUGGGCAGCCUCUUAACAGUGGUGGCACCAUGGGUCAUGGUUCGCAAAAAACCGUACAUGUAUCCUCACCUACCUUCCUGUCUCCCAUACCAUCUAAAAUUGUAAUGCCACCAGCAGCAGCACCAAACAGCUCUGCUAAUGCAGUCUCUCCAGGAAACAUUGGUCAGAAUAAAACAUGCAAUACUCAGCUUCCUUUGAGGAAUCAACAAGUUAGUAUAAAUUGUACAAAAUAUCCAGUUACGCAGCCCGAGUCUCUGCCCAUAAACAGUGGAACUGUGGUGAGUGGUGCUCAGAUUCAGAAACUUAUGUUGGUCACAAAUCCUCCCCUUCUUCCUGCCUGUGGAACUGCAGGAGUGAAUCUGAUCCCUGCUUCAACAUGCACUGGUACAACUGCACAGAAAGUGGUUUUCAUUAAUGCUCCACUUGGCAAUAUUCAGUCAAACACCACUUUAACUCCAGAAUCGUUUAAACAGAGCUUCCCUUCUUCCAUAGGCAAAACAUAUGUUAAAAGUGCAGAGCAGCCUCAGUUAGUCCUCAUUCCAUCUACUAUGGGGACCUCAAUAAAAGUAAAUGCAUCGCCAACUGUUUCUCAGAUAAAAGAUGUGAAAAUAGGACUUAACAUUGGUCAGGCCAUUAUAAAUAGCACAGGUAGUGUUCAGAGUGUACCACCAAUUAAUAUCAUGCAGCCUGCAGCUUCAAAAGAUGCAGAAGAGAAAAGUAGCCAGGGCAUGAUUUUGCCAUUGCCAACAUGUGGUGCUUUGGUUCCUUUACAUUCAGAUUUGGCAUGUCAGAGUGGUACGCCUGUCAAAGAGUCUCCAGUUGCUACCACAAGAGCAGCAGUUGCAUCCACAGUAACAACAAACACGUGUUUAGAACCUGCUUCUCUGGCAUUGAGUGGACCUACUACUGGAGCAGGGCCUACAAUCUUGGCUGGUGGAAUAGAUACAUCAACAAAAACGACAUCCAUUGUAAACUCCCGAUUGCGCCCCUCAAAUGUUGGAAAUACCAUGGCGAUAUCGACUGUGAAAACAGGACACCUUUCUUCAUCUGUUCUGAUUUCAACUACUCAACCAGCAGCGUGUCAUCCAAAUUUAACACCUAGUUUUCAAUUGCCAAGUACGGUUGCUUUGCCUGCAGCUGCGAAUGGCGCCCCUCAAAUGAUGCCCACUGUCUCCCAGUUGCCAGGAGUCCCGUCAGCUGCACAGUGUUUGCCCCUUUCAAAAGGUCAGCCCCCUACAUUGGUCCACUUUCAGCCACAAGGAGUUCCAGCCACAGUGCCAAUAAAUGGAAGUUCUCAAAAACCUCAAACGGCAUUGCCCACGAAUGCACCAAAUACAGGCAAAGUCAUUAGUGUUCCUAAUGUAGUCCCCCUGCCUUGUCAACUGCUGCCUAAUUUUGUAAAGCCAGCUCCUGUUUUCACAUGUGCUCCUGGUGCCUCCACCACCCACACUGUUCCAGUUUCACCACCUGUAGGUAAUAACCUGGGAGGGCAGUUGAAUGAAUCAUGUAUUCAACAGAAAAUAAUUAUUAACACGUGUACACCUUUGGCACCUGGGACUCAGAUAAUGAUCAAUGGCACUCGCUUCAUUGUUCCACCUCAAGGGCUUGGAGCUGGCAGCCAUGUUCUUCUCAUCUCUACAAAUCCAAAACUCGGGCCUCACGUAACACCUAAUAAUGGCCAUGGGAUUCAAGGUGUAUCCCAUGCUGUCCCCGCUCCCCAGAGAACUCCCCAAGUGUCUAGUAAUACUCUAAGUUGGCAGCCCCCCAAGCAGCCUUUGAAAAGCUUUACCAAAAUUGUUAAUUCUCUUGGGACUACCAAUCCGCUUCCAGUUGUGCACCCGACACCACAAAUCGUGAACAGUGCUACAAAGCCAAGCACUCCAUCUUUUCCAACAACGUUGUUUACAUCUUUGGCAACAGCCACCCCGUCUACUUCUGUAGCUAAGACAUCUUUGGCUGCUGUGACUCACACUGGUAGCUCACAGCUACAAGGCAAUACUCCGGUGCUGCAUCUAGAUACGUCUAUCAAAAAGCUUAUGGUGAGCCCAGAAGGGGCAAUUUUGAAUGCUAUAAAAACUUCAACCUCAAAAACCUCUCCAUCUUUCUCUGCUGACGUAGUUUCCACAAGCAAAAGUCCUGCUGCUGUCUUCCCUAACUUUUUGAACUCUACCUUAGGUGUACCUGACACAGCUGCAUCUUGAACUUAACGCAAAUGAGCCGUUAACAUGUUGGGGCAUUCUUUUGUGUACAUCCUUAAUUUAUAAUUGUUUCUCUUUUUAAAAAAAAUAAGCUCUUACUCUGAAACAUACCACACAUGGGGGUCAUGUACAUGGACCCAAAGCAUGUGAUGGCAAUUUUGUAUAGAUGGAAUCCGACAGAAAGGGAAUUGGACUGUUUUGCAUGCUACUCCGAAUUCAUGGGUUGAAUGGAGUCAGGAUCCUUCACAUGUCAUAUGUGUUAUUUGCCCAGGUUGCCAUUAACUGCUCAAAUUUCAGAGCAUUUACGACAUGCCCAAAGGGGUUUUGUGCAAAAGGCGGUAGUUGAUAUUUUAAAAUGGCUUCAUCUUAGAUUGCAAUUGUUUUGUGUUUUCCCUUUAAAAAAAAACAUGGUUAAGAAAACACUUCUUAUAAUACUGUUCACACCUGUGCUUUUUGAAGGUUGGGUUUUUUUAGUAACGAAAGUGGCCAAGCAGGCCAUCUGUUAAGACUUAUUGCAGAAAGCAGUGUUUCAAUUUUUGGUUACCACAUUUACAGGAAUGUGUUGCUUCUCACAGUUUAGACAUAUUCCUUCUUGUUUAUAAACAGUACAGGUUUUCACAAAUUUAAUUUUUUGUUGUUUUCCUUUUUUUUUUGAAAAAGCAUAUUUAUGCAUUGUAAAAAAAGCAGUCUAUUCUGUAAAAUUGUACAUAUCCCUGAUUCCUUACCAGUAUGUACUAAACUAAGUGUAAAAAGAACUACUCUGUCUUAUUUAUGUUUUGUUUACAUAAUGUAUAGUUUUUUAAGUAUUUUAGUAAUUUUGGACAAGUGUACUGUUUAGCAAUAAUGCAGAAAAAUCUGCAUGUAAUAAUAAACAAAGUUGCU